AUGAUUUCUGUCAAAUGCCAUGUUUUUGCGCUAAAAUGACAAAAAGAUAUGGACAAUUUGAAGAAACAAACAGCAAAAAAUCAAAAUUAGAAGAUAAUUUGGACGAUUUAUGGGGUGACGAUGAUGAUUUUGACGAUUGUGUACGCAUUGCAACACAAGUUGAGGAAAAAAUUGUGGCAACUCAACAUAACACCUCUAUAGUGCAGAAUUAUACGCUCUUCAAAGACCCGAACGUUAUAUUUUCAUCCACGCAGCUAAAUACCUCCUUUCAAACACCUAGCACAAGUAAUAAUGUCGAAAAAUCCGAAAUUAUCAAGCUUAAAACUCAGUAUGAUGAAAAAGUGGGUGAAGUAUCUAUUCUUAGAAAUCAGCUACAAGAAACCAAGCAAAAAUUGCUGCUUGAACAGCAGAAAAAGCAGGAUGAAUGGAAGGAGAAAUUUAAUUUUACACAAAAAGAAAUUAGGAGCCUUCAGAGCGAAUUAGAAUUUAAGAAUUUGGAAAUAAGUAAUUUAAAACAAAAGGUUCUAGAUGUUUCUAAACACAAUUUUGAAGCUAGUAAUAGUCUGAAUGUAUCUAAAAUUGUCCAGGAAAACAGAAAACUAAAACAAGUUAGUAGUGAUAAUGAAGUUAAUUUGCAUAAAAUACAAGCCUUAGUAAGCUCUGUAUAUCCUUUAAGUCAAUUAUCUGGGUCUUCCAUAUUUAAUACAAACUUAUAUGAAAGUUAUUGUACAAAAUCUAAUAUUAAUAAUCAAUGUAGAAAUACCAUUCCUUAUUUGCAAAACCAAGAUUUUCAUUUAAGUGAGAAUUUAUCAAAAAUAAAAAAUAAACCAAAACCGUUUAUUUUAAAUGAAAAAGAAUUAACUUUGGAGUAUUUAUAUCCUGAAAUAAGUUAUUUAAUUUGUUGUACUCAGGAAGAACUCAAUUUGGAUAAAAAUAUAGAGAAAAUAAAUAAGAUUCUUAUCACUUCUAUACAAUUUUUAAUGGAUUUAAAAGAAUAUUUGGAUUAUAUUAAAGAUAAUAUGAGGAUAGAAGAUUUACAACAAGCAGAUUCAAAUUAUUUGAACAAGAUUAUUGUUGAUUCUACAGAUUUUACUUGUGACAAGAUUUUUGAGAGGGAUAAAAUAGGUAUUAAGGCUGGCCAUACAAUAUUAAUUUUGUCUCAAUUAAUACCACAUUGUGUUUAUUUGAGUAAUUAUUUGAUACAUAGUAAAAAGCUGAUUUUUAAGGAGGGUGAAAAUUAUUCAAUGUUUCCUUUUGUAAAAAAUAACAAGUUUGAGGAGGACUUUUUUUAUUUGAACCUUAUUUUAAGUGUUACAGAAAUAGUGGGACAAAUUAGAAAAUCUUGUGAUGUCACAGGCUUUUUGUACAGUGUUAUAGACUUGUUAACUAAUAUUUGUAAAUCAAAUAAUUUUGAUUUUGUGUGGUACAAUGUAUGUGCUAUUACAAAAGAGGUUUUGUUUUCUAAACCAUUAUUUAUCAUUGUUUAUAAAUGUUCCUAUUUAUUUAAACAUGCGUCACUUUUUCCAAAUUUUAUAGAGUUUAUGUUUAAAAAAAUGAACAAUUCUAUUAAAAUUAGUUCUAAAAAGGGAGUUUUAUAUUAUAACCCAGAAUCUUGCUGUUUUUAUGUAUUUGCAAUGUUGUUUGUAAACUCAGUGUUCACAGAAAACCAAAUCAACUUUCCAGUGAAAAUAUGCAUAAAUUUGCUCACAUUUAUAUACAACACAUUUAAAUAUUCACUAUCAUUACAUCACAAAAAUGUUAAACAAUGUGAAUGCCUCGCUCAGUUAUACAAAAUCGAAAUAGAUAUAGUCUUUAAAGCCCUCAAUAUCUACAAUAACAACGUCAAAAACAAAAAAAUCAUCACAGACGAAUGGAAUGACUUUUUUAAACAUGAAAUCACCAUAAAAGUGCUGAAUUUAAUGACGUUUCACAGCUAUGAGCUUACGGAAAAGUAUGUCAUUGUAUAUUCUCAAUUUAAGGAAAUCCAGCGAUGUAUGAUGAGUAAAAUAUCUCAAGAUAUAGAACAACUAAAUAUAUCAGAAGAAAUACCAAAUAUACCCAACAAUCACAGCGCGUUUUGCCAUCUUUGACUUAAAAAAAAUAAACAAUUUUUCAUUAAAACAAGUUUAUUA